CGAGACCACAAAAAUCCCGCUCACGCUCCUCCUAUUUCAACACACUCUCUCUUCGCCAUUGUAGAUCAUUCUUAAUCUCUAAAGGUUUUGACUUGGGGAGUUCCAGUUUAAAAUUAUGUAUAGAGUUUCUUCAAAGCACCCUAAUGCCACGAAGGAAGCAAUCUCUACUACGAAAAUUCGAGAUAAUAAUGUGAGAAUCACUAGAUCAAAAGCUAAAGCCUUAGGAGUGUCAAUGUCUCCCUCAAAACCCGCUUUUAAACAGGAACCAAAGCGUGUUGCUAGACCGAGUAACAAACGAAUGGCAUCGGAUGUUACUGCCUAUAAGCAUAAGAGACGGGCGGUGCUCAAGGAUGUGACUAACACUUUGGCAGAACGUGCAGAAGGCGAUAUUAAGGCUUGUAAGCAUGGUCAAAAAGAGACUAAGCAAAUAUCAGAAGAUGGUUUGGUAGAUGUGGAUGCCGAAAAAUCGAAAUUAGCAGAAGAUUUAUCAAAGAUUAGAAUGGUUGAAUCUUUAGAUGCCUCUGCUCCAAAGCAAAAAGAAGAUGGAUCGGAUGUCGCGGAUUAUCUUCAGAUUGUAGAUAUAGAUUCCAAUGUCCAAGAUCCCCAGUUUUGUAGCUUGUAUGCUGCAAGUAUAUAUGAUAGGAGUCAUGUUGCAGAGCUUGAACAAAGACCUUCAACUAGUUAUAUGGUGCAAGUGCAGCGAGAUAUCGAUCCAAACAUGCGCGGAAUUCUGAUUGAUUGGCUUGUGGAGGUUUCUGAAGAGUACAAGCUGACUUCAGAUUCACUUUACCUUACCGUGAAUCUAAUUGAUCGAUUCAUGUCUCAUAAUUACAUUGAAAAGCAGAGGCUUCAGCUACUAGGUGUCACUUGUAUGCUAAUAGCCUCAAAAUACGAAGAGAUUUGUGCACCGCGGUUGGAGGAGUUUUGCUUCAUUACAGACAAUACAUACACAAGACUAGAAGUACUAAGUAUGGAGAUUCAAGUUUUAAACUUUCUACAUUUUCGGUUAUCAGUUCCCACCACCAAAACGUUUCUCAGGCGGUUCAUUCACGCAGCUCAAGCGUCUGAUAAGGUUCCCCUUAUUGAGAUGGAGUUCUUAGCAAACUAUUUCGCGGAACUAACUCUCACAGAAUAUACUUUCCUAAGGUUCCUACCAUCCCUAAUUGCCGCUUCAGCGGUUUUCUUAGCAAGAUGGACACUCGACCAAUCUAACCAUCCUUGGAACCCAACUCUACAGCACUAUACCAGAUAUAAAACAUCCGCUCUAAAAAACACGGUACUUGCAAUGGAGGAUUUGCAACUCAACACCAGUGGAAGCACCCUUAUCGCUAUACGAACCAAAUACAACCAACAAAAGUUUAAAAGAGUGGCAACACUAACAUCUCCUGAACGUGUCACAACACUCUUCUCAAGAUGAAACCGCGGAUUUUGGAUUCUCCUGAUAUGACCAAGUCAGCACAACUCUCUGGCUUCAGCAUUUUGUAUCAGGUGGAUCAGUCCUAGUUUCAGACACCAGUUUUGGUCUCUACAGUUAUGGAAUAGUUUGACACAUUGAGAUUGUCCUUUUACAGUAAAAAUGUUAUAGAAUUUUGUAGACUCAUUAAUAAAGCAAGUGUUCAUGAGCCA